AUGGCUCCUAUUGCCACCUCGGAGGUUUCCGACUUGGGCCGCCUCUCCGCCUUGACCGCCGACUUUGAUGAUAAGCUUACUUUCUACCUGAACGGCACACGAGUGGUCCUGGAAGAUGUUGAUCCGGAGAUAACUCUUUUGGAGUAUUUGCGAGGAAUUGGGCUGACAGGGACCAAGCUGGGCUGCGGCGAAGGAGGAUGCGGUGCGUGUACCGUCGUCAUUAGCCAGUAUAACCACACGACGAAAAAAAUUUACCACGCGAGCGUAAAUGCCUGCCUCGCACCCCUCGUAAGCGUCGACGGGAAACAUGUCAUCACGAUCGAAGGCCUGGGCACUUCCGAGAACCCUCAUGCUGUACAGCAGCGGGUCGCCAUCGGUAACGGGAGCCAGUGCGGUUUCUGCACACCGGGUAUUGUCAUGAGCUUGUACGCUCUGGUACGAAAUAACCCAGAUCCAUCUGGGGUUGAAGUAGAAGAAGCCUUUGACGGGAACUUGUGCCGGUGUACAGGAUACAGGCCUAUCCUAGACGCGGCGCACUCGUUUAGGGGAGCAGGUAGCCCUUGUGGAAAGGCUACCGCCAACGGAGGAAGUGGGUGUUGUAUGGAGAAGACGCCGAACGGGGGCGGAGGCUGCUGCAAGGACAAAAGUCUAACGGAUGAUGGACCGGUCAAGAGCAAGUUCAUGCGGCCUGACUUUAUCAAGUACGACCGGGACACCGAACUCAUCUUCCCUCCGCAUCUGAAGAAAUAUCAGAUGAAGCCCUUGGCCUUUGGAAAUAAGAGAAAACGUUGGUGUCGGCCUGUCACGCUCGACCAGCUUCUCCAAAUCAAAGCCGUAUAUCCGGCGGCCAAGAUCAUUGGUGGCAGCACCGAGACUCAGAUCGAAAUCAAGUUCAAGGCGCUUCAAUACCCCGUAUCCAUCUACGUUGGCGACAUCCCCGACCUCCGGCAGUAUGCUUUCAACGACGAUCAUCUCGAGAUUGGGGGUAACAUUGCUCUGACGGAUCUUGAGGCGAUAUCACUGGAAGCGAUUAAAUACUAUGGGAAAGAGCGAGCCCAAGUCUUCGAGGCGAUUCACAAGCAGCUCAAGUUCUUUGCUGGGAGGCAGAUUCGCAACGUUGGUACCCCGGCAGGGAACUUGGUGACUGCCUCUCCCAUUUCCGACUUGAACCCCGUCUUGCGCGCAGCGAAUGCCGUUUUGGUGGCCAAGUCACUUGGCAAAGAGACAGAGAUUCCUAUGAACUCCUUCUUUACUGGGUAUAGAAAGACCUCGCUUGCACCUGACGCCAUCAUCACGUCGAUACGCAUUCCCCUUACUCGUGAAAAGGGUGAGUAUUUUCGAGCUUACAAACAGGCCAAGAGGAAGGAUGACGACAUUGCCAUUGUUACGGCAGCACUUAGAGUGUUAGUCGAUCCGAGCGGCUUCGUGAAGGAAUGCGAUUUGAUUUAUGGUGGAAUGGCGGCUAUGACCGUUGCAGCCAAGGCGGCCCAAGAAUAUCUCGUUGGAAAGCGCCUUGCCGACCUAGAUACCUUGGAGGGUACCAUGAGCGCCCUCGAGACCGACUUUAACCUACCCUUUGGAGUCCCAGGCGGUAUGGCCUCUUACCGAAAGGCCUUGGCUUUGGGAUUCUUCUACCGCUUCUAUCACGAUACGCUCAGCGACAUGGACUCGAAGGUUACGGGGCGCGGAGGCAAAGCCGACGAAGAAGCCAUUGAAGAACUGGACCGGGAUAUAUCAACAGGUAUGGUUGACGAGUCGACCGCUGCGUCUUACGAACAAGAGAUUGUUGGUAAAAAGAACCCUCACCUCGCGGCGUUAAAACAGACGACAGGCGAGGCACAGUACACGGACGAUACGCCACCGCUCAGGAAUGAACUUUAUGGGUGCUACGUGUUAUCAAAGAAGCCACACGCGCGUAUCGUCUCUAUUGACUACUCUCCGGCUUUGGACAUGCCCGGCGUCGUUGACUACGUUGAUAAGGACGACCUUCCGGAUCCCAAGGCCAACAAGUGGGGUGCGCCCAAUUUUGACGAAGUCUUCUUUGCCGAGGAAUACGUUUAUACCGCCGGACAGCCCAUCGCGAUGGUGCUAGCUACUUCUGCACUGAAAGCGCAGGAGGCGGCGAGGGCUGUGAAAGUCGAGUACGAGGAACUGCCCGCCAUCCUGUCCAUCGAGGAGGCGAUCGAAAAGAAUAGCCUCUACCCCUAUGAUAGGUAUAUCAAGAAGGGGGACGCUGAAGGGGCGCUCAAGAACUGCGACUACGUCUUUAGUGGGACGGCGAGGAUGGGUGGACAGGAGCAUUUUUACCUUGAGACACAGGCGUGUUUGGUGGUGCCGAAGCCUGAGGGUGGUGAGCUGGAGGUAUUUUCGAGCACGCAAAACGCAAAUGAAACACAAGUCUUCGUUUCUCAGGUGUGCGGCGUCCAGUGUAACAAGGUCGUCGUCCGAGUCAAGCGACUGGGAGGUGGUUUCGGCGGCAAAGAGACGAGGUCGGUGCCGCUGAGCGCGGCUUGUGCGCUCGCCGCCAAGAAGACGAAACGACCGGUACGAUGCAUGCUCACUCGGGAAGAGGACAUGGUUACCUCAGGCCAGAGGCAUCCAUUCUACGGACGGUGGACGGUUGGCGUGAACAAAGAUUACAAGAUCCAAGCCCUAGUUGCCGACGUUUACAAUAACGCCGGAUGGUCAUCCGAUCUCAGCAUGGCCGUUUGCGAGAGAGCCAUGUCGCACUCGGAUGGAUGCUAUCUCAUUCCGAACGUCCAUAUUCGCGGACACCUCUGCCGGACGAAUACCAUGUCGAACACUGCGUUUCGAGGAUUCGGCGGGCCCCAGGGCAUGUUCAUCGCCGAGACGUACAUGGAAGAAAUUGCUGACCGUCUCGGCAUCCCCGUCGAAAAGUUCCGAGAGAUCAACUUUUACAGGCGGGAUGAUCAGACGCACUUUAACCAGACGAUCAAGGACUGGCAUGUGCCGCUGAUGUACAAGCAGGUCCGAGAGGAAUCGGAAUACGAGCGCAGGCGGGAGGCCGUGGCCAAGUUUAACAAGGAGUCGAAGUGGCGGAAGCGCGGGCUUUCACUAAUUCCUACAAAGUUUGGCAUCUCGUUCACAGCACUCUUCCUGAACCAGGCCGGGGCGCUGGUGCACAUCUACCACGAUGGAUCGAUCCUGGUCGCCCACGGCGGCAUCGAGAUGGGACAGGGUCUUCACACCAAGAUGACUCAAAUUGCAGCGCAGGCGCUCGGGGUCCCGCUCGACUCGGUUUUCAUUUCCGAGACGGCGACGAACACCGUCGCCAACGCAUCUUCGACGGCAGCCUCGGCGUCCUCCGACAUGAACGGCUACGCGAUUUACAACGCCUGCAAGCAGCUCAACGAGAGGCUCGCCCCCUACCGCGAGAAGCUCGGCCCGAACGCCACGAUGAAGCAACUCGCCCACGCGGCGUACUUCGACCGGGUGAACCUCUCGGCGCAAGGGUUCUACAAAACGCCGGAGAUCGGGUACGUGUGGGGCGAGAACCGGGGCAAGAUGUUCUUCUACUUUACGCAAGGGGUGGCGGCGGCGGAGGUCGAGGUCGACACGCUCACGGGGACGUGGACGUGCGUACGUGCCGACAUCAAGAUGGACGUUGGGCGGUCGAUCAACCCUUCGAUCGACUACGGUCAGAUCCAGGGCGCCUUUGUGCAAGGCAUGGGGCUCUUUACAAUGGAAGAGUCGCUAUGGCUGGGCGGCACGGGCCCGAUGGCGGGCAACCUCUUCACAAGGGGGCCAGGCACGUACAAGAUUCCCGGGUUCCGCGACAUACCGCAGGAGUUCAACGUCAGCUUGCUCAAGGGCGUGGAGUGGGAGGAGCUCAGGACGAUUCAGCGGUCGAGAGGCGUGGGUGAGCCGCCGCUUUUUAUGGGCAGCGCGGUGUUCUUUGCGAUUAGGGAUGCGCUUAAGGCGGCGAGGGCGCAGCAUGGCGUUGCGGCCAGGACGGUGCGUGACGCGGGGACGUGGAGUAAGGAGACGGGCGGAGAAAAGCAGGGUAUCAGAGAGGGUGCGGAUGACGAAGACGGGCUAUUGAGAUUGAGGAGUCCGGCUACGCCUGAGAGAAUACGAUUGGCAUGUGAGGAUCCGAUUAUGAGGAGGGCGAGGGUUGUGCCGAGGGAGGGGGAGAAGUCGUUUUUUGUCGAGAUUUAA